AGCUGCGCCAGGCAGUCCAUCAACACCCAACCGCCAAAAUGCCCGUCGUCAAAGGAGGAGUCUGGACCAAUAUCGAGGAUGAGAUUCUCAAGGCCUCCGUCUCGAAAUAUGGCCUGAAUCAAUGGGCUCGAGUGUCUUCAUUGCUCGCGCGCAAAACCCCGAAGCAAUGCAAGGCAAGAUGGAGCGAAUGGCUCGACCCAGGUAUUCGCAAGAUUGAAUGGAGCAAAGAGGAGGAUGAAAAAUUGCUACAUCUUGCAAAGUUGAUGCCAACACAAUGGCGGACGAUUGCGCCGUUGGUUGGACGAACUGCUACGCAGUGUCUGGAACGGUAUCAGAAGUUGCUGGACGAGGCCGAGCAGAAAGAAGCUGGGGAGCUUGGUCUUGGUGGCCCAGAUGGAGGAGAGAACAAAGCGCCAUCUGCCGAUGAUGUGCGACGAUUACGACCUGGUGAGGUGGAUCCAGAUCCGGAAUCCAAACCUGCGAGACCAGACACGAUUGACCUGGACGAGGAUGAGAAGGAAAUGCUGAGUGAAGCUCGAGCUCGUCUAGCAAACACUCAGGGGAAAAAGGCCAAGAGAAAAGCUCGCGAGAGACAGCUUGAGGAGUCGAGAAGACUAGCAGUGCUGCAGAAGCGCCGUGAACUCAAAAAUGCAGGCAUCAACAUCAAGGUCGUCAAUAGGAAGAAGGGUCAGAUGGACUACAAUGCCGAUAUUCCAUUCGAAAAGGCCCCAGCACCUGGAUUCUACGAGACUGCAGAUGAGGCUGUCACGAAUGAGAAGGAAAGGGAAGCCUUUGAUCCUCGAAAGCAGCAACUUGCAAACAAGCGCAAAGGAGACCAAGAUGACGAUCCGGAAAGAAAACGUCGAAAAGGAGAGAAGGAGGCUCCGUCCGCUUCUUACCAAGCCGCUAUGAAAGCAGGUCAAAUGCAGAAAAUCCGGGAGGCAGAACAAAGCAGUAAGAGAAGAGCUUUAGUAUUACCAUCACCGCAAGUUGGCGAGGGAGAAUUGGAGGAGAUUGUGAAGAUGGGUAUGAUUGGCGAGAGAGCGAAUACGAUGGCAAGGUCUAGUGAGAACGAUGCUACGAGAGGCUUGGUCAACACAUAUUCGACCAUCAACAGUGGAGCACCCAUCAGGACACCUCGAGCCCCAGCACAGGAGGAUCAUAUUGCCAACGAGAUUCGAAACAUUCGAGCGCUUACCGAGACUCAAUCCUCACUUCUCGGUGGUGACAACACUCCACUGUACGAAGGUGCUGGUAGCACUGGAUUUGAUGGCGUUACCCCUCGGAAGCAAGUGCUAGAAACUCCCAACCCUAUGGCAACCCCUUUCCGUCAGACCAAUGGCCUAGGCCAGACUCCAAUGCGAGCUCCAGGUUCUACACCAAUGCGAACUCCACGUGAUACAUUUGCUCUCAAUGCAGAUGGGGAAAUGUCUUUAGUGGGAGGGACACCUCGAGACAUCAAAUUACAAAAUAUGUCAAUGAAGCAUAAAUUGAAGCAGGGUCUUGCAUCUCUGCCCAAGCCGAAGGAUACUGAAUGGGAAUUGGAAUUACCCGAGGAACAACAAGAGGCUCUUGGCACCGAGGAGCUCACAGAAGAAGAUGCCGAGCUUAGAGACCGUCGAAACCGAGAGAUUCGGGAAGCUCAGGAGAAGUUAGAUUUUCAGCGACGGACGCAGGUUAUGCAAAAAGGACUACCACGAACCAAAGCUGUCGACGUCGACGCUCUGUUCAAAGCUGCCUCGAAGAUUUCGGAUCCUGUUGAAGCUGCUAUUGCCCGAGAAGCUGCACUUUUGGAAGCCAACGAUGCAUUGAGAUAUCCCGUUCCCGGUGCCAAGGUGAAAGGCAACAUGACGCCCCUCGAGACUCUUGAUGAUGACGCUUUGGCACGAGCUCGGUUAGAGAUUGAUCGUGAGAUCCCAGAACACAUUGCCAAGCAAACUCCAGAGUUCUUCCAGAAGGCAUGGAACGACGCUCACAAUUCCUCUUUGUUGCCUGGUCUUAGCGGUUAUGGUGAUGAAGUUGAUGAGGAGCAACUGCUCAUCGAAACCUUCGAUAAAGUCCAAGAUGCAAUCGUCUCCGCCGCCGAAAAGGGUAACAAAAUUGAGAAGAAACUCAAGCUUCACCUAGGCGGUUAUCAACAACGAGCAAAGACGCUCCGACAAAAGAUCUCGGAAGCUUCAGAAGCACUUGAGAAAGCUACCACCUCCCUCGACUCAUUCAGAACACUGCAGAUCUCAGAAGAGGCAGCGAUCUCCAGGCGUCUAGAGGGUCUAAGAGCAGAGGUUGGAUUCGUUAGUACGAGAGAAAGAGAGGCGCAAGAUUUGUAUAGAACCAGGAAGGAAGAGUUGAUCAGUUUGAGUGUGGGCACGAAUGGGUAUCAUUGAGAUUCAUCUGGGACAAAUGGACAUGAAAAUAGCGUGGCAUAGCAUAGUUGUACAACAAUCAUAUUGAGGCACCCCGGGUUGCCUCUUGGUGCAAACAUGGUUCUCGGAAGAAAGAUGACAGUGAUUCGGAUGUGAAUUGUUUUACUUGGUAUAAGAUAGCAUCUAAUACAC